AUUUGUAUUUUGUGGCUUUUAAGAUAUGAUUUCUCUACUACUGCAUCUAAAUUCCUUCUGGAAACUGUUCUGUCCCCUACAACUGCUGCCUUUGAGAAAUUGCUGUGAGAUAGACUCAGAGUUCCUACCAUGUGCUUACUUUAUGUGAUUAGAAGUCCAAAGGUUGAGUGACAGGGAGCACUGCUGGGCAAAAUGUCUUUACUGAGUACCGGACAAAUGAAGAGAAAAUGGGAAGAAAGACUGAAGAAUGUUGAUGAACUAGCAUCUCGAUAUAAAAGAAAGCCACUUUGCCCUGUUUACAGGCCACAGCUGUCCAAAAUAUGGCAACCGUGCUCUGUUUGGAAGCUGUUUCAUCGACAAGCUCAAGCUUUUAACUAUGCAAAAACCUGUAAGGAGGAUGUUCAUGUAUUUGCUUUGGAAAUGAACACAGAAGAUGGACAAAGGUAUUAUCUUGUGACCACAUAUACAGAGUUUUGGUUUUAUUACAACAAAGAACAGAAAACAAAUCUUAUGCAUUGCUAUGAAGUUAUUCCUGAAAAAGCUGUUUGCAAACUGUAUUUUGAUUUGGAGUUCUAUAAACCAGUGAAUCCUGAAGCUGAUGGCAAAAAGAUGAUUGCAAAGUUAAUUGAGCUUGUUAGUAAAAAGCUGGAAGAACUUUAUGGAGUUAAAUGUUCAAUUGAAGAUGUCUUGAACUUAGAUUCCAGCACUGAUGAAAAAUUUAGCCAUCACUUAAUAUUUCUGCUUUACAAGACAGCAUUUAAGGACAAUAUUCAUGUUGGUAAUUUUGUGAAAACAGUUUUGCAACCUGCUCUUGUUUUAACUGAAAAUAAAGCUGAUGCUCUGAUUCUGGAAGAAGGGGCGGACAGUGUUGCUUCCCAGUCUUCCAAAGCAACAGUUGAAAUAGAUGGUACUGUUGUAAACCUUGGUGCAGUGAAGGAGGCUUCUGGGAAAUGGCAAUCUAAUAUGCACAAAACGCUGGAAAAUGGAAAACUGCAACAGAAAGAAAAUCUCGAUCUUUCCUUUCUAGUUGUGAAUGAUAAGGAGGGAGGCAAGCAACUUAUCAUCGAUCUGGGAGUUUAUACAAAGAAUAGAAAUUUCCGGCUGUAUAAGUCAUCAAAAGCAGGAAAGCAUGUGACUUUGAAAAUAGCCGAAGAUAACAAGUUUGUUCCUAAACCUCAAAAGAAUAUUUCUGUUGAGGAGCAAUAUUUCCUUUCCUCUUUGGUCUGUAAUAUUAGGUUCUCAGAAAUUGAAAGAGCCCUAACUUGUGACAGCCCAGAAGGGAAGGAAAAAAUGCCUAAACAAACAGACAGGAGAGUUGCCAGUAGCACUUCAGAUCCCAUAGAAGGAUAUCAAUAUUCACCCUAUCCAGAAAUUGAUUGUUUUGUCCUUUCUUUAGUUAAUAAAGAGGAUAAUCAUGGAGGGAUACGACGAUGGAAUUAUUUUUCCUUGGAAGAACUCCUUGUUUAUGACAUAUCCAGAUAUCGCUGGUGUAAAAAUAUUGGAAGAGCCCACAAAAGUAACAAUAUAAUGAUUCUGGUAGAUCUAAAAAAAGAAGUUUACUAUCAAAAAUGUUAUGACCCUGUCUGCAGAGCUAAAAACUUCAAAUCAGAAAGUAUUCCAUUACCUCCUGAGAUAUGCCUCCCUUUUCUUUUCAAAGAGGAAGAAUAUGUACUUUUAAUGGAUGAGUGGGGGAACAUAGAAGAAAAAGAAAAGUCACCUAACCUUACAGACUUCUCAGAAAGGACAUCAUUAAGGAUGCAUCAAGAAAAUACGGAGUCUCCUGACAAGCUCUGUUCAAAUACAGAAUGGGACAAUGUGACUGAUGAUGCCUGUUUUCUGGAAGCUAUUGAGGAUGCUGAACUUGCAGAAGCUGCAGACAAUAAUCUGACUAAGCAGAACUAUGACCUGGAAGAAAUACCUGAUGAGCUGCUCAUAGAGGUUUUAAGAAAACAAGAAGUUUGUGGUAACAAGGCAUACAACUAGCUGUCAGCUAAGG